AUGGCUUGCAGCUGCACCCGGCCCAACUACAAGGGCCCCGGGGUGGGAAUAUGGGCUUUGGCUCUGUCUUUGGAGUUCGCGUUGGGGGUUUUGAUGGUGUUUCUGGGCUCGGACGCGGCGCCGGACCCGGUGAGCAGCCUCGAGAACAUGGACCAGAGCUUGAAGGAUCUUCUGGUGAACGGAAGCGCCGCGAAGGCCGUGACCAUUAUAGGCUGGUUUCACUUGGUUUUGGCUGCAGCUUGCGGCGUUUUCGUCACUCUCGGCCUCUUCGUCUGCGGCAUCUUCCUCUGCCCCCUCUGCAUCCUGGGCUGGGUCCAAACAGCUUUCUGCGUGAUUUCGACCUUCGUCACUGCAGCAUAUUUGCGCAAGUACCUCGACGUUGCUGCUGCAGCAGUCACUGGCGAGGCCCCCGAAGAGAUUUCCGCAGAUGUCUUCUUUGCACAACUCAACAGCCCGAGUCUUCUCCUCGCCUCCGUCCUCUCCUUCGUGUGUUCCGUCGUCUUGUCCAGAGCUGCCAAGGUCAGCAGCGGCGAGUCCGUCCCGGGAGCUGCCCUGAUGGUGGAGAGCAUGGGUUUGUACGCGGCGAUCGGGGCGUUUCUGGGGGCGGGCGGGGGGGGCGUUUCGCCGACGCCGGCGCUGACGACGCUGUGGGUGGCGCUGUGCGUGCUGGGGGCGAUCUUGAUGAACAUUCGCGCGUGCUGCUGCGAAAAGAUCUGCAACACUUUGAUGAUAGUUUUGUUCGGCGUGGGGGCGCUGCUGUCCUUCAUCACGGCCGUGGUCUUCGCGAGAAUCUACGCCGCAGUCGUUGCAGACCCCCUGGGCAACGCGGAGUACGCGCGCCUCUUCGUAGUCAUGGAGGCCGGCAUAGGCCUCGUAGUUGCUGCAGUGCUUUCCCUCGCUGCAUGCGUCAUGUCGCUGCUGGCCACGGCCUACGCGGCGCGCUCCCUCAUUUGCUGCGGCGACGGCGUCAGCAGCAGCUAG